AUUUUUCCAUUUUUUCCCCUUCAAAUUUUUAGGCGAUGAAUAUGCAUCUCAACCACCCUUAGGUGCAGCAAGCAAUUCAGUCCUCCUCCCAUGAUUCUCUUUCUGUUUCUUUUACUUCAAGUGAUGACUCUGUGAAGCAAACCCUCCAAUCAUAAACAUCUAGGCUUGAAAUAUCAAUCGACUGUCUGUUGCCUCCUUCCAUUACCAUAACCUCCAUAUCAUAUAUCUUCAUUAAACCCCACAAAAGCAAUUAGAAACAUAUACUGGAAAAGACAGAUUUUAGAAUACUUCAGAUCAAUAUGGGAUCCUUGGAAAGAUCAAAAAAGAAGGUUCAAUUAUGGAAGAAAGCUAUUGUUCAUUUCUCGUUAUGUUUCAUCAUGGGAUUCUUCACAGGCUUUGCUCCAACAGGCAAGUCUUCAAUAUUUUCUAAUGAAGUUGCAAUCUGGAAUAAACCGUUAGAAUUUUCACCACCGCCUGUGGAAGUGUUAAACCCUGAGAAAACACAGAAUUUUACCACAAGGGAAUUGGAAGAAACUGCAAUCUCUACUGCACCAGAGGAAUCCCGUGAUGCAGGAAACCUUAAAAACCCCAAAGAAGAAACAAUAAACAACGGUGAGUUAAAUCCGAGGAGGCUUGUAAUAAUUGUUACUCCUACAAGCAAGAUGGAUAGGCUUCGAGGGGUGCUUCUUAGGAGGCUAGCAAACACAUUGAAAUUAGUUGCUCAACCACUGUUGUGGAUUGUCGUGGAGCAGUUUUCGGAUUCUGCAGAGGUUUUGGAGAUAUUAAGAAAUACAGGAAUCAUGUAUAGGCAUGUAGUGUUCAAGGAGAAUUUCACUGAUAUACAUGCUGAAAUGGAUCAUCAAAGAAACCUUGCUCUUAAUCACAUUGAGCAUCAUAGGCUGAAUGGAAUUGUGCAUUUUGCCUCACUUUCAAAUGUAUAUGAUCUUAGCUUCUUCCAAGAGAUUAGAGCAAUAGAGGCAUUUGGGACAUGGCCAAUAGCUAAACUAUAUGCCAACAAAAAGAAGGUAACUAUAGAAGGACCUGUAUGUGAUUCGUCAGAAGUUAUAGGGUGGCAUUUGAAGAAAAUGGAAAAUUCAACAGAUACAACAACUACACUUCCAAUUCAUAUUUCAAGUUUCGCAUUCAAUAGCUCUAUUCUUUGGGAUCCAGAAAGAUGGGGGCGCACUUCAUCUGCUCAACGUGACUCACAGAAUAUACUCAAAUUCGUGAAAAAGGAGGUUCUUGAAGAGGAUACCAAGCUGAAGGGAAUUCCUCAAGAGGGCUGCUCCAAAGUUUUGCUAUGGAAUCUCCAUAUUUUUAAAUCAUAAAAGCGCGUUUAUCUCUAUAAAAAAGUGCUUCAACAUGUGACGUGAAAUAGAAAUAUCAUAGAUUUGGGUUUUGAAGCCGCACCCCAACUCCACAAGUAAAACUAGCAUAGCAUAAACUCAUAAUAUGGGGAGGCUGAUCGAUGAUUUUUCCUAAAUGGAGUUUAUUUUUUCAUUUUUUUCUUGUUGUAAAUCAUAAAAUUAUAUUCUUUUUA